GUCAGCAAUAGAAUCAUGACCUCAACCAAGAGCUCUGUUAUUGUGACCGUAAUCCUCGUCCAGCUGGUGGCUUUCAUUCAGGGCGGCCUCUACAGCACGCUGGACACGUGGGUGUACCUGGACAAGACCCUAGACAUACCCGAUGAAGCGGUCCUUGGUGGCAUAGAUUCCGCUGGUUACUACAACUACGUGGGUCGUGUGGCCUACAGCAGUAACAUUCUGCCCGCCCGCGUGGUUCCGGAACUGGGCAAGGCCACCUUCAACACGGACACGUUGGCCAACCAAGUCACGACCUACGAGGUCCUGGUGUCCAAUGCCACCGUCAGCUACCACUGGGUCCGCAGCUUCGAUGGAUUCCGGGAGAAGAACGCCGUGUCCGUGGGAACCAACGCCUCCAACGACCGUGUCUUCAUCUGUCGCAUACGCUGCGACGAAGGGCUCUUCAUUGGGACAUUGUACCUUGCGAAGCGGGCAUGCAUCGUCAAAUACGAGAACCUCUUCACUCGUCAAUCUGACAAAUACGAGAUUCUCGUUAGGGAACGCCAUGUGGCCACCUAUUCUCCUUUUGUAGAUGCAUACAUCGGACACUGAGAAUUGACUAAAUAAAUAAAUAUUUAUUAUUACUGAA